AUGCGCAAAGCGCUUUACGAUGUGGAGUUCGACCUGAACCUGUUCGAUGCCGACAUGGACAACUCAGAUCUGUCCAAAGAGUUCAGCGAGAGGAAGAGGAGAUUGCCAACUGCUACCUCUUUGAUGGAGGACCUGGACUUCAAGUCGGCGACGAACCUGCUCGUGGCCGUCGACAGUUUUCGUGUGGCCGAUUACGCGAGUCAACCCAGCGUUGUCGCCCGUCACAUUGCUAAUUCUACGCUGCAGAAUGCUGUCCUUGAGCUUGGCCGCCGCCUGCACAGUCCAAAACAUUUGGCCACCAUCUUCGAAAAGUACGGCGCACUGGACGGCAGCACCCCCUACAGCGUCCGCACAGCAUUCCGCCAAUUCGCGACCAUCCCAGCCAUCACGGGGGAGAACUUUAGCACCCUUCCUUAG